AUGGUGGAACUCAAUGGAGAUGGACAAGGAAGUGAUAAUGGUUCACACUUGCCUGUGAGAUUUUUAGGCAGACUUUCUCAAAAGUCUGUAUUUUGUCCCAUAUCAGUUGUGAGAUGGGAUAAGAUGCCAAAAGAGAAAAAACAAGUAAUGUGGGAUCUUAUUGAGAAACAAUGUGAACAAAAUGCAAAAAACAGAAAGAAACUUGAAGUUUCGCAUGCUAGUGGUAGCAAAAACAAUGCAAGGAGAGGUCGUCAGAUGGAACAAAAAUUGGGAAGACCUGUGUGUCGAAGUGAGGUUAUUUUAUCAACUUUACUGAAGAAGGAUGACAAUUUUGUGAAUGAAGAAAGGAAGAUUUUAGCUGAUAAAAUAUUGGAGCAUCUACCUGAAGAUCAGGAACUUGCUAUCAGUUAUGGUGUUCCUUUGAAGAUACUAGCUCAUCUUAACGACGUCAUUGAAAAAGUGUUUGGAUCUGAACAUUCUGGACGUGUGCAUGGUUUAGGUGGCAAUGUUUGUCCUUCAAAAGCUUUUGGAGUGUUUAGAAAUCAUAAUAUGAAUCUUGGUAGCUCAAGCAGUAUAUCUCGUCAACGUGUUGAAGAAGACCUUGAGAAAUAGGUAGAAACCUUGAAAGAAAAGUUGACCGGAUAUGAAGAGACCAAAGAAAAGCUUGUACAAAAUGAGAAUCACUUGGCAACUCUCAUUGAUUUUUACAAUCUAAAUUUGA